UUGAAAAUAUUACGAGGUGGUUCAAAACUGGCCUAUGAAGAGCAUUUUAACUAAGGCGAAUUAGUACUGUCUUCGCUAGAAGCAACAGAUUCUUCAUGAUACUUUGAGUUGUGUUGUUUGCGGAGUUUAUGUAUUUUAUGGGAUUGACGCAAGCAUGAAGAACCGAUCAAAUUCUCCUCUGAUUCAUGUACAUGUCAGCAAGAGCACUCCAGUCCACGUUCACUUAAAGAGUCAAAAAAGUCCAACAGAAACACCUCAGGGGAAAAUAAAGCAAGAAAAAGGAACUCUUCGGUCCACAGCAAAAGUCAAAACCAGAGUGCCAUGGAUUCCUCCCAGAAAGACUACUCUCAGAGAUGCUUCCUUAAAAUUUGAGGGGCCUACACACUACCUUGAAAUAAUUCCACAAAGCACACAAGAACCAGAAGAACUCCAGUCAGCUUUAUGUUUGGCAGACUUGACAGCUGAUGAGGAUGAAAUUCAUGGACGAAUCAACCGAUAUGAACAGAAAAUUGACAGUUUAAUGACAGAAGUCAGCUCGCUGAAGAAUGAGGUGGAACUGAAAAAGAAAGAGCAGCAGUUGCAACGUCAGUCAGAACAGCUAAGUCUCUCCCAGCGAGUUGUUGCUGAGCAGGAGGAAGAGCUGGCUGUAGUGGCCAAGAAACUACAGCAAACAGAGCAAGAAAACACACUUUUACGGUGCUCAAUAGAAAACAUGUCAGUGGAAAGUGCCAGUGAUGGGAGUUAUCUUCCUGAAAAAGAUGCUUUGCUCACUAAGUUGAUUGAAGCUGAAGUGGAUGGCAGAGCAGCUUCCAAACAAGUGGCGACCCUCAGUGAAUGUGUUUGCAAAAUGAGUGCAACUAGUGGUGGCAGGCUGUCUAGUUAUGAGUCCUCACAUCUGGCUCAUCAUAAAGAGCUACUGCUGCAAAAACUGGAGACGUUUGAAGCCACAAAUAGAGUACUGCGACAGCUUCUUAGAGAGCAUCAAAAAUCCCAUAUGGACUCAGCACAAGUAUCAGCGCAGAAGGAAACAUUGCUUAAGAAGCUUUCCUAUAUAGAAGCAGAAAAUGCAAAUCUGGUGAUAAAGCUUCAAGAUACACAAAACCAAGUUUAUGACCUGUGUAAAGCUUUGGAUAAUGAGAAAGUAAAUGCCAAGAGUGUGUCUGAUUUUUCUAAAAGUUUAGAGUCCACAAGAGGUCAUUUACAAGGUCAGCUGCAUAGCAAAGAAGCAGAGAACAAUCGUCUUACUGUACAGAUAAAGAACUUGGAGCACUCAGGAAAUGAACAAAAGACAGAAAUGGAGCAUUUGACUCUACAGCUGAUGAGGCUGAAACAACAGACGGUUGCAGACAAGGAGACAUUGAAACGAGUUGCCAAGGCCCAGAAACAGAGAGCUGAACGUUGUGAAGAUACCACAGCCCAGCUGCAGCUUCAGCUACUGAAAAUGGAAAAUCAAGUUAUUGAAGCACUUUCAGCUGCUGAAACUUGGAAAAAAUGUCAUAAAGAAGAUGUCAAAGACAAAACUCAGUUGGAGCUAGAAAUUUCAUCAUUAAACAGUCGUAUCAUGGAGCUGUCAGAACAGCUCAAAGGUGCUGAGGAUAAAAGGCGAGCAGACAGAGAUUCUCUGGUAGAACAUCUGCAUGGAUUAACUUCAGAAGGCACAGCUGCAAAACUGGAGAAUCAGUCUCUCAAGGCUACAGUAUCCACUCUAGAGGAGAAGCUGUCCUUAUCUCAGACAGAGCUACAGCACGUCAAAUCUACCAUAAAGCAAUAUGAACGUUUAAUUGACAGUUACAAGAUACAGGUUGGUAAAACCCGGGCUGAGGUGGACGAGUAUUGUGCUCAUCUAGCUAAAGCUGAGCAGGAUGCUUUAACUGUGCGAGAAGAACUGGACCAGGAGGUACAGCAGGUGCGCAGGGACCUGCUGAGAAAACUGGCAGAACUCGAACCACUUCCUGAAGCUUUAUGUCACACUGAGCUGAAGCUCCAGGAGGCUCAGGAACGAGAGCUCCACCAGGAAAUGUGCAGAAAGGAACUUGAGACAACAAUAAAUGAACUUCACUUAAAGGUUGAGAGUGAGGGUAACCAAGCAGAACUUCUAAAGCAGAAAAAUAAGACACUUCUAGAGGAGAACAGGAAGCUCCAGCACAAUGUGGAGUUCGUGGAAAGAAAACUGGAGGAAGCCACAAAUCAAAACAGUGAACUCCUGACUGUUGUUGCAAAAUGGGAAAACUCCCUUCAUUGCAAUCAGCUUCGUUUGGAGGAAAAAAAUCGAGAAUGUAGCUUACUCAACCAAAAACUAGAGGAGGCUUUGAAUGAUGCACAGCAACAGGUUUCAGGAAUCAAAGAGUGUGCUGCUAAUAAAGAGAGAGCUACACAAUCAAAAAUAUUGGAGCUUGAAACACAGCUCGGUAGAACUACCUCUGAAAUACACCAACUGCGGCACACUAAGGAGGAGACAGAGCAACGAUACCAAAGUCGACUGCAAGAUGUCAAGGACCGCUUGGAGCAAUCAGACAGCACCAACAGGAGCCUGCAGAACUAUGUUCAGUUUCUUAAAGCCUCUUACACCAAUGUUUUUGGAGACCUGUCCCUCAGCAACUCCUUUUGUGCUCCCCCAGUAUAACAUUAGGCAUUUGACUUACAGCAAAAAACACUUUCCUCUGUAGUAUUGUUAUUCUGUUGAAAGUUGACAUACUGGCAACAAAUUACUUUAGUGUUGUAUGGGAUGAGUCAGUGAAGAUGCUGAAGAUGAAAUAAAUAGCACUGAAGAAUCUUCUCAGGAGAAUGUAGGCUACCAAUGUUGAUAGAUAAAUACAGGCAUGUUGGGGCAUUUACAACAAUAGAUAUUUGAACUAUUUAAAUCGCUGGACUAAAUAUUAUAAUGUACAUGUACGUACAUGUAAAAUGUUUGUAUUACAAUUAAUUAAUGUUCUAUAACCUAUUUAUUUUGUUACCUGAAUACAGAAAACAUUGACUGUGUCGCACAGUAGCUUGAUCCAUGCACCAUAGUGAUUAUAACUUA